AAAUUAUAAUUUUAUUGUAAAUAAUAACAACAAUAACAUUUUUUCUAACUAAAAACUAUAAAUCUUUUUUUUUUUUCCUCCACUAAAUAAUUCCAAAAAUGACUUUUGUUAAAGGUGUAUGUUACGAUCCACAAAGAGCCAAAGAAUCUGUUUUAAAAACCAAAGACCUCUUAAAUGAUAUUGAAGGUAUCAUUAAAAAGGACAAUCCCUCCAAAGAGGAAGUUUUCGAUGCUUAUAAAUUAUAUGAAAGUUUACCAAUUACUUUCCAAAUCAAUUGGGCUGUAGCAGGCGAAGAUGCAAGUGAAAAUCAAAAAAUUGCUGAUUUUUGUAGAGAUAAAUUAAAUGAAUUAAAUCAUGUCCAUGGAUUCACUCAUGCUAAAAUUCCAAGAGCUUUCAACGCUGACAACUAUUAAAAACAAAUAAUUCUUUAAAAUAGAAAUUAUUGUAAAUAAUAUAAUACCCUAUCCCAAUUUUGUAAAUAGAUAAAAAAUAAAAUAAAAACUUCAAAAAAAUAGAAAAACCUUAAAAAAUAAAAUAAAAGCUUAAAAAAUAU